UGCGCUCUCUCCUCCCGCUCCCUAGGUCGGAGAAGCCCAACUGGGAUUACCACGCAGAGAUACAAGCUUUCAGCCACCGGCUGCACGAAAAUUUUUCUUUGGAUCUUCUGAAGACUGCGUUCGUUAACCCGUGUUACAUUGAAAGCGAAGAGGAGAGACGCCGGAAUCUUGGGCUGGACAAGGAAGCGGUUGCGCUCAGCCUCCAGGAGAACAGCAGACUGGCGGAAGGAGGGCUGGGGUUUUCCCGUGCCUACCUGGCGCAGCGCUUGGAAGGUGCCUACCCCCAUUUGCCUGCCCAGGGGAGAGGAGCGCUCGUUGAUUUUCUGACCAGCCAGGAGCUCGUUUCUUACGUGGCUCAAAACCUGGCUGUGCAGGACCUGACGCUUUGCAGAGAGUUUCCCGUCCCGCCAGACGUGCUGCAGAGGACGUUCUUCGCUGUGAUAGGAGCCCUGCUGCACAGCAGCGGGCCCGAGCAAACGGGCAUCUUUGUCCGGGAUUUUUUUAUUCCUCAACUGAUUGGAAAAGACCUGUUUGAGAUCUGGAAGGUUGUAAAUCCCAUGGGCUUACUAGUGGAAGAACUGACCAAGAGGAAUAUCUCUGCUCCAGAACCCAGAAUUACCAGGCAGCUGGGAGUCAGCACGGUUCUGCCGCUGUACUUUGUUGGGUUGUACUGCGAUAAGAAGAUUAUAGCUGAAGGUCCUGGCGAAACGCUGCUGGCUGCAGAGGAAGAAGCCGCCCGUGUGGCGCUGCGGAAGCUCUAUGGGUAUACGGAGAACAGGAGACCUUGGGAUUACUCAAAACCCAAACAAGGAUUGGCAGCUGAAAAGGCUAUCAGCAGUAACUAG